ACCCAAUAUCUAGUCAAAGUAUCCGAUCUGUAUUAUGUUCUACAUUUUUCAUUCGCUUCCGUAUCCUGAAGCAGGACAGUUUUUUUUUCGAGAAACAUUAUGUAGAAGCCGAAUUACUGCUUUUAGGGCAUAGAGAUUCAAUUGGAUUGGUUGAAUCCAAUGGGUUGCGUACUUCAAGGCCCAUUAUUUACUUUCUUUUUUAUGUGGGCUAUUGUGGUACUCGUAAUCCAUUGACUUCAGAGUUGACAGCAACUUUUGCAGAAAGAUUGAAGGUUUGUGAAAAACUAAAGCUGAUUCGAUUGCGCGUGGGAAGAAAGGAUAAGAAAAUGCGAGGGAUUCUUGGAGGGUUUAUGGAAACAUAACAAAUUCAGUGGAGGGUGUGGGGUUGGUUGGUUGUUAGUAUCCUGUUUGAUGAACUGGGCACCUGUUUUUGUUUAUAUUAGUGAAACAGAGCUAUUGAAUUGUUGAAGUAAAAACUUUUUUGUUUAGCAAGCUGGUACAACUCGCAUUUUACCUUUUGAAGGUCGUGAAGUUUGCUAUGUUAACUUGACUGAUUGAAAGUGAAAAGGCGUGACGUGGGCUUGGAAGCUUGCGCAUUGCGGCAAAUUUUUGUAUUGGAUUUUGAUGGCCGUGAAGCCACUGCAUAACAUUUGGAUUAGACGGCAGCAGUGCCCUUGUGGAGAUUGGAAGUGCUACAUUAAGUAUGAUGGAGAUGAUCAAAGCACAGUGGCAUCUCAAUCAGUAAAGAGUGAACUUUCAUCAUCAUCGCCGUUGUCACAAGAAGUUAUUUUUACUCCAUAUGUAGGUCAGAUAUUUAAAAGUGAUGAUGAAGCAUUUGAAUACUAUAACAACUUUGCAAGGAAGAAUGGGUUUUCUAUUAGGAAAGCACGUUCGACUGAAAGCCAAAAUUUAGGUGUUUAUAGAAGGGAUUUUGUUUGUUACCGGUCUGGGUUUAAUCAGCCAAGGAAGAAGGCCAAUGUGGAGCACCCCAGGGAUAGGAAAUCAGUACGAUGUGGAUGUGAUGCGAAGUUGUACUUGACUAAAGAGAUUGUUGAUGGUGUGCCCCAGUGGUAUAUCUCUCAGUUUAGUAAUGUUCACAACCAUGAAUUAUUGGAAGACGAUCAAGUCCGCCUACUUCCUGCCUAUAGGAAAAUUGAAGAGGCUGAUCAGGAACGUAUCCUUCUUCUUUCGAGAGCUGGUUUCCCUGUUAAUCGGAUUGUGAAGGUGCUUGAAUUGGAAAAGGGGGUACAACCUGGGAAUUUACCCUUUAUAGAAAAAGAUGUUAGGAAUUUUGUUAGAUCAUGUAAGAAAACUGUUCAAGAAAAUGAUACUGUGCUAACUAUGAAACGUGACAAUGAUAUGCUGGAACUUCUUGAGGCAUGCAAAGCGGCAGCAGCGAGGGAUGAGGGAUUUGUCUAUAAUUUCACAACAGAUGGCAAUGGAAAAGUCGAAAACAUUGCGUGGACGUAUGGAGAUGCCAUCCGUGCAUUUUCACUCUUUGGGGAUGUUGUUACCAUUGACACCUCUUACCGUUCUAUCACCUAUGGUAUGAUCCUCGGCAUGUGGUUUGGUAUUGACAAUCAUGGCCAACCAAUUUUCUUUGGGUGCACUCUACUUCAAGAUGAGACACCCAAGUCUUUUUCUUGGGCCUUACAGGUUUUUGUUAGAUUUAUGAGAGGAAGGCACCCACAGGUUGUUGUUACAGAUAUGGAUUCAGGUCUCAGAGAUGCCCUCGCGAUUGAAAUGCCCAACACUAAACAAAUUAUCUGUAUAUGGAAAGUCCUCUCCAAAAUGUCCAGCUGGUUCUCUGUCCAACUUGGCAUGCAAUAUUCACGCUUUAAAUCUGAAUUUGAUAUGUUGUGUCAUCUAGAAAAUGUGGAGGAUUUUGAGCAUCAGUGGAACCACCUUGUUGCUCAGUUUGGAAUUGGUUCAGAUAAGCACCUCUCUCUUCUUUUCUCUUAUCGAACAUCUUGGCCAUUUUGCUAUACUCGUAAUUUCUUCUUGGCCCGUGCUAUGACUCCCGAGUAUUCCAAAUUAGUGGAGACCUUCUUGAAGAAUAUUCUGAGCCCGCAAUCUUCGUUGAAGUGCUUUUUCAAACAGCAGGUUGGUACUGCUGCAAGCUUUGGGAGUGAGAAUAGGAAAGAACUUCUGUAUUUGCCCAUAAAGACAUGCCUCCCUCUGGAAGAACAUGCACGGACUGUUCUUACACCAUUUGCAUUUAGUGCCUUGCAGCAAGAAAUUGUCCUGUCCCUGCAAUGUGCAACAACAGAAAUGGCUAAUGGCUCAUAUCUUGUGAGGCAUUAUAAAAAAAUGGAAAGGGAGUGUCUUGUCAUUUGGAUUCCAGAUGAUGAGCAGCUCCAUUGUUCGUGUAAAGAAUUUGAACAUUCUGGCAUAUUAUGCAGACAUUCGCUCCGCGUGCUUGUUGUAAAGAACUACUUUCAAAUUCCAGAAAAGUAUUUUCUGCUGAGAUGGCGAAUGGAGAGUUCCUUAAUUCCUUUGGAUGAUCAAAUCAUUGCAAACGGCAACAAUGAGUGCUCUCAAGCCUUUCACUCACUUACUGCAACUUUACUUUCAGAAUCAUUCAUCUCAAAAGAACGUUUUGAUUUCGUUCAUGGACAACUCACAACACUUCUUGAGCAUGUACAGAAUAUGCCUGUUAGUGAUCGAAGUAUAUCACCUAACAACAUUGUUAAAUCUUAGUUCAUCAUCUAGAGCUAAUGGUAAUGUAAUGACUUACAAACAUCAGUGUUAUGAGGAGCAUGUGGGGCAGAAUAUGGCUCUGGAAACUCCAAUAGAAAGGAAACUUCCAUUUUUUUCUCG